AUGACUGAGGGCCUCUAUCCCUAUCGUAAUGAGUUGCGAGUGUUGGAAGGAAGGAGACCCAAAGAGGGUAGCAGAGAGCUACCACCAGAGUUUGCGAAAGUAACUACCCCCUUAGUGGUCAGGGAAUGGAGGACGAGUAUGAGUCAACACCCGGACAAGUGGUAUGCCACCUACAUUGAGAGCGGCCUGCGGGAAGGUUUUAGGAUUGGCUUCCGAUAUGAGGACUGUGUCUGCACCUCAGUAAAAGCUAACAUGCACUCAGCGGUGACGAAUAGUGAGGUUAUUGACAGUUAUCUGGGAAAGGAACUUUCAAUGGGUCGGGUGCUUGGCCCCCUUGACCCACGAGUGGGGGCACAGAUGCAGGUUAGUCGGUUCGGUGUUAUCCCAAAGAACCACCAACCGGGAAAGUGGAGACUAAUUUUAGAUCUGUCACAUCCUGCGGGUGCGAGUGUGAACGAUGGUAUUGAACGGGAACUGUGUUCUUUAAAGUAUACCUCGGUGGACGAAGCAGUUCAAAGGUUUAGUGAAUUGGGAAAGGGGGCGCUGCUUGCAAAAUUGGAUAUUGAGAGUGCAUACAGGCUGAUCCCAGUUCACCCCGACGAUCGUCUGUUGUUGGGUAUGUCGUGGAAAGGGAACCUCUAUGCCGACGCUUCCCUGCCGUUCGGUUUAAGAUCGGCUCCCGAGAUUUUUAACGCCGUAGCAGAUGCUUUAAUGUGGAUUAUGGGCCAGCAGGGGACCCGAGCCAUUCACUAUUUGGACGACUAUUUACGUUAA